UCCAGCAAUAAGGACCUUUUUUCUCUGGGCACCAAGGCCCAAGUGAGCAGACCAUGGAGACCCUGCUCAGCAGCCUCCUGGCAUUUGGCAUGGCAUUUGCUGUUGUUGAUGCCUGCCCCAAGUACUGCGUCUGCCAGAACCUCUCUGAAUCCCUAGGGACAUUGUGUCCCUCCAAGGGGCUGCUCUUUGUGCCACCAGACAUAGAUCGCCGGACGGUGGAGUUGCGUCUGGGUGGCAAUUUCAUUAUCCACAUAAGCCGCCAGGACUUUGCCAACAUGACAGGGCUAGUGGACCUGACGCUGUCCAGGAACACCAUCAGCUACAUCCAGCCCUUCUCUUUCUUGGACCUGGAGAGCCUCCGGUCGCUGCACUUGGAUAGUAAUCGCUUGCCAAGCAUCGGUGAGGAUACCCUCCGUGGCCUGGUCAACCUUCAGCACCUCAUUGUCAACAAUAACCAGCUGAGUAACAUUGCCGAUGAUGCUUUUGAGGACUUCCUGCUGACCCUGGAAGAUCUGGAUCUCUCCUACAACAAUCUCCGUGGGCUACCCUGGGACUCGGUCCGGCGCAUGGUCAACCUUCAUCAGCUCAGUCUGGACCAUAACCUCCUGGACCACAUCGCCGAGGGCACCUUCGCUGACCUCCAGAAGCUAGCCCGCCUGGAUCUCACCUCCAACCGGCUACAGAAGCUGCCUCCGGACCCUAUCUUUGCCCGCUCCCAGUCAUCCAGUCUGACUGCCACACCCUUCACCCCACCCUUGUCUCUCAGUUUUGGGGGAAACCCACUGCACUGCAACUGUGAGCUGUUAUGGCUGAGACGUCUAGAAAGGGAUGAUGACCUGGAGACAUGUGGCUCUCCAGCCAGCCUGAAGGGCCGAUACUUCUGGCACGUGCGUGAAGAGGAGUUUAUGUGUGAACCCCCCCUCAUCACCCAGCAUACCCACAAACUGCUGGUGCUAGAAGGCCAAGCUGCCACACUCAAGUGCAAGGCCAUUGGAGACCCCAGUCCUCUAAUCCACUGGGUGGCCCCGGAUGACCGCCUCAUUGGGAAUACAUCCCGAACUGCCGCCUAUGACAAUGGCACCUUAGACAUCCUCAUCACCACCUCACAGGAUUAUGGUGCCUUCACCUGCAUCGCUGCCAAUGCAGCCGGUGAGGCCACAGCCACCGUGGAGGUAUCCAUUGUCCAGUUGCCUCACUUAAGCAACGGCACCAGCCGUACCACGUCCCCCAAAUCUCGCCUCUCUGACAUCACUGGUUCCAGCAAGGCCGGCCGAGGGGGAGGAACUGGAGGUGCUGGUGGUGGAGCAGGGGGUGGGGAGGCCUCCAAGGGUCCCCCAGAGAGAGCUGUGCUUGUGUCUGAUGUGACCACCACUUCAGCUCUGGUCAAGUGGUCAGUGAGCAAAUCGGCCCCACGAGUGAAGAUGUACCAGCUGCAGUAUAACUGCUCCGAUGAUGAGGUAUUAAUCUACAGGAUGAUCCCAGCUUCCAACAAGGCCUUCGUGGUGAACAAUCUGGUGUCGGGGACCGGCUAUGACCUGUGCGUGUUGGCGAUGUGGGAUGACACGGCCACCACCCUCACGGCCACCAAUAUCGUGGGCUGCGCCCAGUUCUCCACCAAGGCAGACUAUCCUCAAUGUCAGUCCAUGCACAGUCAGAUACUGGGAGGCACAAUGAUCCUGGUCAUUGGGGGCAUCAUCGUGGCCACGCUGCUGGUCUUCAUUGUCAUCCUCAUGGUGCGCUACAAGGUGUGCAAUCACCAGGGUCCUGGGAAGAUGAAUGCCGCGGCUGUCAGCAACGUCUACUCCCAGACCAACGGGGCGCAGCCGCCGCCGCCGCCGCCACCAUCCAACGCGGUACAGAACGGGGCGCCACCGCAAGUGCACCCCAAGGCGUCCAUGAGGAACGAGCACUUUGGAAGCGGCCUGGGGCGCAGCAGCGGCUCCUCUUCGUCCUCCAGCUCCUUGGCCAGUACGGACGGGGCGGGUGGCCGGGGCCCCUGGAGGCUCCCUCCGCCGGGCGCUCGCCCCAAGCCCAACCUCGACCGUCUCAUGGGGGCCUUCGCCUCGCUGGACCUCAAGUGCCAGAGGAAGGAGGAGCCUCUAGACUCCAGGACUCCGGCCGGGGCCGGGGCUAUGGGGCGUCACUCGGACCGCGAGCCACUGCUGGGGCCACCGGCGGCACGGGCCAGGAGCCUCCUGCCGCUGCCUCUGGAGUGCAAGGCGCGGCGCAGCCACUCCUUCGACAUGGGGGACUUCGCGGCGGCGGGGGCGGCGUCCGGGCCGUCCGGGGGAACCGCGGCACAGGGAGGCUACAGCCCGCCGCGGAGAGUGACGAACAUCUGGACCAGGCGUAGCCUCUCGGUCAAUGGCAUGCUCCUGCAGUUUGAGGACAGUGACCUCGUGGGGCCCAGGGGCACUUAUGGCAGCUCCGAGUGGGUGAUGGAGAGCACGGUGUAG